AUGACCUGGCCUCCUGGACCUCCUCACUCGCCCACUUCCUCACCCCCUCCCGCACGGCAGUCCGGCCCCCACUUCGCUCCGCCCCGCCCCCCGUGGGCCUCCCGCUCGCGGCCCCUCCCCCACCCGCGUUCUCGUCGCGCCCGGCGGGGCCCUGAGGGCACGCCCGCAGCAGUUGGGGAAGAGGCUGCGAUGUCGGCAGGACGAGAGCGGGAGCUGGGCCUGGCCCGCUUCGUCUAUGUGACCCGCUUCGGCUCGCACCAGUGUGGCGGCGUCCUGCAGCUGGGCGGCCGCCGGGCGCGGGGCCGUGGGUGCCCCGGGCUCGGGGCCGGCUGCAGCCAGGAGGAGCCGCGGGCGGCGGAGGCGGGAGCCCCGGGCGGCGGGGAGCUGAGCUCCGUCGCGGAGCUGCCCCCUGGCGCGGGUCCCUGGGCUCCCGCGGCCGCCGCCGCGGCCUCAGCCUCUCCGCAGCAGAGGGCGUCGAGGGCGCAGAGCGGCUCCAGGCCGGCGGCGCGUGCAGAUUUAACCCAGAAGAAUAUAGCUAAAAAAUAUGAUUUUCCCAUACCUUUGAAUGAAGCUUCCAAAAUAAUAAAGAAGAAAAAGAAAGAGGUAUUAUGGAAUAGAGUAUACAAAGUUAUUUCUAGAAUGCUUGAAGAAAAUGAAAAAUACAGACUCAGACUGAAUUCUCAGCGAUUAUCUAGUAAAACUUUAAGCCAGAUUACAAAAACUUUUUUAAAAAGCUGACUCAAAUUACAUGAGAUGAAUCCCAUCUUCUUCUGGAUUAGUCUAUCUUUGGAUCUGUUUAUCAAAGAAGAUUAUGAAGAAUUAAAGAUGGAACAUUAAAUUGAAUCAUAACUUUUUAUUAACUUUGGUGUGUUUUGUUGGAAUGAGGACUUUGAUAGUUGGAUAGAAAAACUACCUUCUUUAUGUAAAAUAUAAUAGUAUUUCUCUGUAAGUUAAUUAAAACUUUAGUUAAAUAUUGUGCUAUUUUCAGAAUACUUAUUCCAUAUCUUUGAAAUUAAUCUUAUAUAUAUAAUUUAAAUUAGCAUAUCAGUAGAAUUACAUGUAUCAAAAUUAUCAGCUUUUCCUUUUUAUUAGAGCCUGCCACCAUUGCUUUUUUCAGCCCUUCUUUAAGAUGUAACUGUUUUAAAUUAAACUUGGAUUCAUUUGGAUUAAUUUUGGUUUCCUCAUUUUUUUCUAAAUUUUUCAAUCAUUUUAUGAUAAAAACCUACAAUUUACAUAGCAACAAUUAUUUUGAGUGUUAAAAACUAAACUGAGAAUUAUUUAAACCCUCUUUUCAUCCUAAAGGAAAUUAGCAUAUUUAUGUAAAUUCUAUAUUAUAAUAUGGAGUAUAUUAGGAACAUUUUGGGGCAAAGAUCAGAGGAGACUCCUUUCUCCUUGCCAGGCCCCUAGUAAUAGAUGCAUUUUUUAAAGUUAGUGAUGAGAGGUUUAGAACUCUGAAUGUCGUUUAUAAAUGUUUUUCAGUGAAGUGCCUCUAUUUUCUACUCAUGAUGAUAUUAAAUAAUGAUAAAUAAUGAUCAGUUAUUACCUGUACUGGUUUUUCAGCUUUCUGCUGGUACAGUCUCUCUCCCUAAAUCGAAUCAAAGGCAUAGGUAGAGCAGGAAACUUAGGAGGGGAAGACAAAAAGACAUUUGUCCAUGUCUUGAGGUGGCAGGUGGCACCUCUGAGUGGGUUUGAACUGCAAGCCUUUUGGCUAGUAGUCUAGCACUUAACUGUUCGUACCACCCAGGGACUCUCUGUUGAUACCAGAAGGGGCUUUUCAUUACUUCUGGGUGGUGGUGGGAGUUCCAGCUCCCCCUGUGGUCCCCACUGGUCUACCCUGUGGACUGAAACUGACCUUUGCUCUCAGCUAAGAUAGUAAAUCAAAAUCAGUAUCACAUUCUUGGAGGGGUGGGAGAGGUGGAGAUUAAUAAUGCCAUUAAAAAAGAUAGGUGGUGAUUCCUAUCAUAUGUACAUUAAAUUUACCAGCCAGGUGAACAUCCUGGCUCCCUCUUGGCCUUCACUGAUACCACCCCUUCAUAAUGAGGUAGGUGUUGGGGCGCCUUAUUACAGGGUUUCAAAGGUGGAAGUCUAGGUUCCCCACUCAGCCUCUGCUCAUAUAGGUGGUGGUGGGGCCACAGUUUUUUCUGUUGUAUUUGACUGGAGUAGACCAGAUAUUGUCUAAAAGUUUUCUAUCUUGCUAGGCCACCCCUUUCCUGGUUAUUCAUCUAGAAAACAAAAACCAAACCCAUUGCCAUCAAGUCGAUUCCGACUCAUAGCGACCCUAAAGGACAGAGUAGAACUGCCCUGUAGGGUUUCCAAGGAGCGCCUAGUGGAUUUGAACUGUCAGCCUUUUGGUUAGCAUCUGUAGCUUUUAACUACUACGCCACCAGGGUUUCCUGUUCAUCUAGAGAGAGUAGGUUUUUGUUGGAGGUUUUUUUUCCGUCGGUGCCAUUAGCGUUUCCAGGAUGGCAGCUUGUUCAGCUUCAAGUGUGCAAUAAGUGAGGCAAAAGGAAAACCCAAGAAACUACAAUUGUGCUGUUCCUAAGGUCCUGAGUUUCUUAGCCAGUCUGCCUUCUUCUUUCCACCUUUCAGAGUUGCCUUAUAUUUCUUUUAAGUUUGUUAUCCAGGGUUUCUAGUUGUACUGAGCAGGAGGAAUAGGGACAAGCCCAUCUCCUUCAUCUUCCAGAAGCAAAAGUAUCAAUUGGUAUUUUACAAAUAAAGGUGCAAAAGCAUUUUAAUUAAGAAAGGAUAGUCUUUUAAUAAAUAGUGCUGUAAUAAUCGGAUAUCCGUAUGUAAAAAAACAAAACAAAAACCUCUACCUAAACUCACACUCCCGAGGAGUGGCUGGUGGGUUCACACCACCAACCUUUUGGUUAGCAGCCAAAUAUCAAGAUAAUUGUAGAUUCACAUUAUCUAAAUGUAGAUUAAUCACUAUGCCUAGCAGCUGGGCGCUUAACCGCUGUGCUCCUCUACAUACUGACCACACCAACUGCUGGUAAGGAAGUAGAGCAACUGGAAUUCUCAUGUGUUGCUGGUGGGAAUGUAAAAUGUUACAGCCACUCUGAAAAAGUUUGGCAGUGUCUUAAAAAACUACACGUGCAGUACCAUACAAGGCAGCAAUUGCACUACAGUGCGUCUACCCCAGAGAACUAAAACUUAUCUCUGCAUAAAACCUGUACGUGAAUGUUUAUAGCAGCUUUAUUCAUAAUAGCUGAAACCUGAAAAUAGCCCAGAUGUCCUUCCAUAGGUGAAUGGUUAAACCAGGUGUGAUAGAUCCCUACUAUGGAAUACUACCCAUCAAUAAAAAUAAAUUAUUGAUAUACACAUCGACCUGAAUGACUAUCUAGAGAAUUAUGCUGAAUGAAAAAGUAAAUCCACAAAAGUUGUAUAGUGUAUGAUUCCAUUUAUAUAGCAUUCUUGAAAUGACAUAAUUACAGAAAUAAAAAACAGAUCAGUUGUUUUCAGGAAUUAAAGAGGGGGGUAGUGGCUGGAGUAAAGUACAUGUGAUAUGAAAAGAAAACAUGAGGGCUGUUCCUGAUGAUGAUGAACUAUGUAUCUUGAUUGUAUCAAUGUCAAUAUCCUUGUGGUUUUGUACUGUUAAUUUUGCGAGAUGUUACCACUGGGGGAAAUUGAAUAAAAUGUACCCAAGAUCUCUCUGUAUCAUUUCUUACAACUGCAUGUGAAUCUACAAUUAACUUGAAAUAAAAAGUUUAAUUAAAAAAACCUGUUGCCGUCAUGUCGAUCCCGACUCAUAGAAAUGCAAUACCCUAUUCCUUAAGUUAAAUUAUUACUUAUUAUAAUAUCUGAAAAAUCGACCAUUGAAAAUCCCACGGAGCACAGUUGUACUCUGACGCACAUGGUGUCUCCAUGAGUCAGAAUCAGUGGCAACUGGCAUGGUAUGGAAUAAUGAUAUAUAGUAAACAAGAGUUCCUUUAAAAAUAUUAAUUGUCUGUAUUAAAAAAAAAAUUUUUUUUUGAUAUCUGUGGGUCUUUUUCUGGAUGCUCUAUUCUGUGCUAGUGACUUAUAUGCCUAUCUUUUCUCUAAUACUACUCUGUGUUGAAGCUACAGUAAGCUUUGAAAUUCAGUAGCGUGUCCUAUAAUUUUGCUGUUAGGUGCCGUCGAGUCGGUUCUGACUCAUCGUGACCCUAUGUACAAUAGAACGAAAUACUGCCUGUCCUGUGCCGUCCUCACAAUCAUUGCUGUGUUUGAGCCCAUUGUUGCAGCCACUGUGUCAAUCCAUCUUGUUGAGGUUCUUCCUCUUUUGUGCUGACCCUCUACUUUACCAAGCACAAUGUCCUUCUCUAGGGACUCGUUCCUCCUGAUAAGUUGUCCAAAGUACAUGAGACCAAGUCUCACCAUACUCGGUUCUUAGGAACAUUCCGACUGUACUUCUUCCAAGACAGAUUUGUUUGUUCUUCUGGCAGUCCAUAGUAUAUUCUUCACCAACACCAUAAUUCAAAGGCAUCAAUGUUUCUUUGGUCUUCCUUAUUCAUCGUCUAAUUUUCCCAUGUAUAUGAAGCAGCUGAAAAUACCAUGCCUUUUUUUUGGGUCAAGUGCACCUUAGUUCUGAAAGUGACAUCUUUGCUUUUUAACACUUCUAAGAGGUCUUUUGCAGCAGAUUUGCCCUGUUCAGUACUUCAUUUGAUUUCUUGAUUGCUGCUUCCAUGGACGUUGAUUGUGGAUCCAAGUAAAAUGAAAUCCUUGACAACUUCAGUGUUUUCCCUGUUUAUCAUGUUGUUGCUUAUUGGUCCAGUUGUGAGGAUUUUUGUUUUCUUUGUGUUGAGGUGUAAUCCAUACUGAAGGCUGUAGUCUGUGGUCUUCAUCAGUAAGUGCUUCAAGUCCUCUUCACUUUCAGCAGGCAAGGUUGUAUCAUCUGCAUAUCACAGAUUGGUAACGAGCCUUCCUCCAAUUCUGAUUCCUUGUUUUUCUUCACAUAGUCAAGCUUCUUAGAUUAUUUGCUCAGCAUUCGGAUUGAAUAAGUGUGGUGAAAGGAUACAGCCCUGACAUACACUUUUCAGGAUCUUAAACCAUGCAGUGUUCCCUUGCUCUGUUCGAACUGGUCUGUGUACAGGUUCUACAUGAACACAAUUAAGUGUUCUAGAAUUUCUUUUCUUCAUAAUAUUAUCAUAAUUUGUUAUGAUCAACAUAGUCAAAUACUUUUGCAUAGUCGAGAAAACACAGGUAAACAUCUUUUUCAAAUUCUGUGCUUUCAGCCAAGAUCCAUCUGACAUCAACAAUGGUAUCCCUUGUUCCAUGUCCUUUUCUGAAUCCGGCUUGAAUUUCUGGCAGUUCCCUGUCAAUGUAUUGCUGCAACCAUUUUUGAAUUACCUUCAGCAAAAUUUUACUUGUGUGUGAUAUUAAUGAUACUGUUCAGUAAUUUCUGCAUUCUGUUGGACCACCUUUCUUUGGAAUGGGCACAAAUAUGGAUCUCUUACAGUCAGUCGGCCAGGUAGCUGACUCCAAAUUUCUUGACAUAGAUGAGUGAGCACUUCAAGUGUUGCGUAUGUUUGUUGAAACAUCUCAAUUGGUAUUCUGUCAAUUCCUGGAGACUUGUUUAUUCCCCAUGCCUUCAGUGUAGCUUGGACUUCUUCCUUAGGUACCAUUGGUUCUUGAUCAUAUGCUGCCUCCUGAAGUGGUUGAACAUUGACCAGUUCUUUUGGUAUUGUGACUUUGUGUACUCCUUUUAUUUUCUUUUGAUCUUCCUGCAUCGUUUCAUUUUUUGCCUGUAGAAUCCUUCAGUAUUGCAACCCAAGGCUUGAAGUUUUUCUUCAGCUCUUUCAGCUUGAGAAAUGCCAAAGUGUGUCCUUCUUUUCUGGUUUUCUAACUUCACGUCUUUGCACAUUUCAUUAUAAUACUUUGUUUUCUCGAGCUGCCUUUUGAAAUCUUCUGUUCAGCUCUUUCCAUUCGCUUUAGCUGCUCUAAGUUCAAGAGCAAGUUUCAGAAUCUCUUCUAACAUCUAUUUUGGUGUUUUUCUUUCUUUCCUGUCUUUGUAAUGACCUUUUGCUUUCUUCAUGUAUGAUGUCCUUGAUGUCAUCCCACAACUCCCCUGGUCUUCGGUCAUUAGUGUUCAGUGUGUCAAAUCUAUUUUUGAGAUGGUCUCUAAAUUCAGGUGGAAUAUACCCAAGGUCCCACUUUGGCUCUCGUGGACUUGUUUAAUUUUCUUCAGCGUUGACUUGAACUUGCAAAUGAGUAAUUGAUGGCCCGUUCUGCGUUUGGCCCCUGGCCUUGUUCUGACUGAUGAUACUGAGCUUCGCCUCAUCUCUUUUCACAGAUGUAGUCGAUUUGUUUCUUGUGUAUUCCAUCCAGCCAGGUCAUUGUGUAUAGUCACUGUUUAUGUCGUUGAAAAAAGGUAUUUAUAAUGAAUAAGUCGUUGGUCUUGCAAAAUUCUAUCAUGCAAUCUCUGGCGUUGUUUCUAUCACCAAGGCGAUUAUUUUCCAUCCUAUAAAUUAGGUCUUCUUUUUCAAAAUUGUUUUGGCUACUCCAGUUUCUUCACCUUUCCAUAUAAAUUUUAGAAUUUUCUUAUUGAUUUCUCCAAAAAAUAAAACAUGAGAUUUUGGGUGUAAUUUCAUUGAAUUAAUAUAUUUAUGUUGCCUUCAACUCCUUGCCAGGCGGGACUCUCCAGUAUGGCAGCUUGCUUUAUCGUAGUACCCCUGUGAAGGCGAUAGUCUGCUAGCAACAUUGAAGUCACAGUCUUUUAUAGCCUAAUCACAGAAGUGAUAUUCUGUCUCCCUUACCAUAUUAUAUUAGCUAGAAGCAAGUCACUAUGGUCAUCCCACAUUUUAGGGGAGAGGAUUACACCAGGGUGUGAAUAGUAGAAGGUGAGGAUCACAGGAGGCCAUCUUAGGAGUCUGUUUACCACAGCAUAGUAUUUAUUAUCUCUUUUAAAAAAUGUGAGUGGUCCCCUUAGAGUUUCCAAUAUACAUCCUAAAUUGUUUAAUAUACCCACAAAUAAUCUUUUAGAACAAUUAAAAAUAAUAAUGAAUUAUAUAUUUACCUUCAUUUAAGUCAUUUUUGGUGUUCUUCGAUUUUUGAUAUAGAUUCAAGUUUCUGUUUGGUAUCAUCCUUCUGACUGAAGAACUUGGUUUAACAUUUCUUCUAGUGCAUGUUAACGCAGAAAUGAUUAUUCUUAUUUUUUGUCUUUAUUUCUUUAUUCAUUUUUGGAGGAUAUUUUCGCUGUAUAAAAUUCUGGGUUUAUCUUUUUUUUUUUUUAACUUUAAGGAUCACACUCCAUUGUUUUUUAGUUUGCAUACUUGAUAAGAAGUUUUACUGUAAUUUCUCUUUUUGUUCCUUUGUAAGUAAUGUAUCUUUUGUCUCUGGCUGCCUGUCAUGGAUUAAAUUAUGUCCCCCCAAAAAUGUGUGUAUCAACUUCGUUAGGCCAUGAUUCCCAGUAUCCUGUGGUUGUCCUCCAUUUUGUGAUUAUAAUCUUAUGUUAAAAGGAUUAGGGUAGAACUGUAACACCACCCUUACCCAGGUCACUGUCCUGA